GUUGAGAUUGAGCAGCGAAGCGUUCGCAGCUCUGCAUUAUAUUACUGACAAUUCAAAGGCGCGCGCCGAGAACACCAUGUAUCCCGAUUUGGAACGACUUGGAGAGGGGGUGUCCAUGCCUUUCAUGUGGUGAAGGAGAAAACACUUUGCUUCAUUUACCCAGGAAUAGACGUAGAGGAAGGUAGCCCUUCUGAAGUGGAGUGCUUUGUUUUGAAACACAGUAGAGGCGACGGUGGGUGUUCUCCAGUAUACAGUUACGAUCAGCCAUCGAAACUUCUGCUUCAAUCAUCUGUUUUCAAUAAGGAUUGCGUCUGAACUGAAAACGUAAUUAACCAUAUAAGGCUGGAGAUGUCACAGUUGAAACGUUACUGUAGGAAAGAAAGUGGAGACCCUGUUGUGCGCAUUCUGGUUUAUCCCAAAGAAAGCAAGUAGCCUAUAUGGUUACGCGCACGUUGUGCUUUGUGAGAAGAGGAUUUCAACCAAACGAAAAUGGCCCGGAUUAUUCUUUGCGCUUUGACAUUAGUUUUGGCUGACUUUAAUUAAACAUAACUGUAGGUUAUAACUAACUGAACAUCCGUGGAAUUCACCCCACAGUCCAAAUGAUGGAAUGGCUCGUUGCUUUGUGUAUUGGGAUUCUGGUGGCCGUCAUUUGGUCAGCUUCGAAAUAUUUUGGUACCCAGGGCGAGCCAGACGCACUCCUCCAGGGGCUCGGAAUUUCACGGCGGCAGACGAAGGAGAUGGUCUCAAAGAGGUGCGUCUCAAAUCGGGGGGUCCCGGUGGACGGUGCUAAUGCCCAGACAUCCGACAGGGCAGGUGAGAAUAAAGUCCCCGAUGUUGCGCUGAUAUGCAAACCCUCGGCGCUGGCCAACUAUCUCUUCAAACACUGCAGGACUUUCAGCAAUUUCAUAGCGUGCACUGGAUGGACUUGGCGGGCGAGUGCGUUUCUUCAGACAGUUUACGGCGCGUGCUGGCCGUACGAGAGCCCGGCGUAUUUCGUGCGGGACUACCUGCAGUUGAGCGACGACGGUCUGGUGGCGCUGGACUGGGCAGUGUCGAUGGCCGGUGCGUCGUACCAGAAACGGAGGAGAACCUCGAGUAAUUCCACGAGCCCAAUCCUCCUCAUCAUACCCAACUCUUUUGGGAAAAUCACUAGAAAUGUUCUGAAGCUCUGUGAGGUGGCGUUGUCCCAUGGCUACCUCCCUGUGGUGUUUAACCGGCGCAGCCACAACGCCACCCCCCUCAGCACCGUCAAGCUGCAACAGUUUGGCGACCCAGGGGACCUACGCGAGGCUGUGCGCUACAUGCGCUACAGGCAGCCCGUGAGCCGGCUGUACGCGGUGAGCGAGAGCACGGGGUCCGGCCUCCUCCUCUCCUACCUGGGAGAGUGUGGUUCAUCCAGCUACAUGACGGCUGCCGCUUGCCUCUCGCCAGUGUUCCGCUGCCAGAGCUGGUUUGAGAAAGGACCCAUCUGGCCCCUACACUGGGCUCUGGUGACUUACCAGAAGAUAUGCCUCAACAGGUACAGGACAGUGCUGGGUGAGACAGUGCACACCGAUGCCCUUUUCUCCAGCUGUUCCAUGCGUGGCCUGGAGGAGGUGUUGUUCUGCCAGCAGCCAGGCCCUAAAGGAGCCCCGGCCCUAGCAGGGGGCACCAGCAGCAGCAGUGGUGGAGCCUGGGAGGCCUACUGGGAACGCAAUGAACCCCUCCGGGACGUAGACGAAGUCGCCAUCCCCGUUCUGAGUGUCUGUGCUCAGGAUGACCCUAUCAGAGGAGACCCCCAGUCUACCCUUCCCCUGGAACUCUUCGAGAGCAACCCCCACUUCUUCCUGCUGCUGACCACCAGGGGGGGACACUGUGGCUUUAACACCCAGGAAGGAGGUGCUUUCUCUGGGGUAGGGACCUUUGGAGGGACACCUGGGACUAGCUGGAGCCACCGGGCCCUGCUGGAGUUCUUUAGAGCCACCACGGACUUCAUUGCGGCAGAGGAGAGGGCUAAGCAGGCUGCCAGACGGAGGGGCCUGGGGGGUAGCAGCCAGGGCAAAGUCUUCAGACAUCGUAGUGUCAGUAGCUGUAGGAGAAUGCCUGCAUGCUCACAUAAUAUACACACUAUCUACAACUGGCAGAGGUCUUAUACACGAUGAGCUGAGGUGAUGAUAUUGGAUAUUAUGGAUCAUAAGGGAUUUAUAUUAUGGAUGAUAAGGGAUUUAUAUUAUGGAUGAUAAGGGAUUUAUAUUAUGGAUGAUAAGGGAUUGAUAUUAUGGAUGAUAAGGGAUUGAUAUUAUGGAUGAUAAGGGAUUGAUAUUAUGGAUGAUAAGGGAUUUAUAUUAUGGAUGAUAAGGGAUUUAUAUUAUGGAUGAUAAGGGAUUUAUAUUAUGGAUGAUAACCUCUUGAUACUAGCCAUCCCGGAUCCGGGAUCGUGAUUACAGCCUCAAGCUCAUUACCAUAAUGCAACGUUAACUAUUCAUGAAAAUCGCAAAUUAAAUUAAAUUAAUAUGCUAGCUCUCAAGCUUAGCCUUUU